GAGAGGCAGCAGAGAGGAAAGCGGCAGGGCGCACAGACAGAGGAGCUCAGCGGUUCCUGAGGGCCCCCCAGCUCCUGCUGGGACCCAGGCUGGCGGUCUGGAUACACUGCAAAGAAAGGUGCAGCUUGACUCCGGGCAGCCUGCAGGUUUAAUUCGGCACCACCAAGGAUCUCGGGGGCUCUGGUAGCAGAGAAUUAGCACUCAGAGCUCAGACAUCCUGGAGUUUCAGGAGUUCGGCUGCCGCUGGCCAAACAGACGAGGGUGUCUAAGGUUGGUUCUUGGGCCUUCCUGACCCUUCCUCACCAACAGAGGAUGUUUCAGACAGUCCCCGACACGUCGUCUUACGUCAAGGUAAGACAUGACAGCGUCUUUAAACAGGAGGCUCUGUCGGUGGUGAGCGACGACCAGUCCCUCUUCGACUCUGCCUACGGAGCGGCGGCCCAUCUCCCCAAGGCCGACAUGACCGCCUCAGGGAGUCCUGACUAUGGCCAGCCCCACAAAAUCAACCCCCUCCCGCCGCAGCAGGAAUGGAUUAAUCAGCCGGUGAGGGUCAAUGUCAAGCGGGAGUAUGACCACAUGAAUGGAUCCAGGGAGUCUCCAGUGGACUGCAGUGUUAGCAAAUGCAGCAAGCUAGUUGGUGGAAGCGAGUCCAACGCCAUGAACUACAACAGCUACAUGGACGAGAAGAACGGCCCCCCUCCUCCCAACAUGACCACCAACGAGAGGAGGGUCAUCGUCCCCGCAGACCCCACGCUGUGGACUCAGGAGCACGUGCGGCAGUGGCUGGAGUGGGCGAUAAAGGAGUAUGGCUUGAUGGAGAUCGACACAUCCUUUUUCCAGAACAUGGAUGGCAAGGAACUGUGUAAAAUGAACAAGGAGGACUUCCUCCGAGCCACCUCCCUCUACAACACGGAAGUGCUGUUGUCACACCUCAGUUACCUCAGGGAAAGUUCACUGUUGGCCUAUAACACGACCUCCCACACAGACCAAUCCUCACGACUGAGUGUCAAAGAAGACCCUUCUUACGACUCAGUCAGGAGAGGAGGAUGGGGCAAUAACAUGAAUUCUGGCCUCAACAAAAGCCCCCCACUUGCAGGAGCACAAGCAAUGAGUAAGAAUACUGAACAAAGGCCCCAACCAGAUCCAUAUCAGAUCCUGGGCCCGACCAGCAGUCGCCUAGCCAACCCCGGAAGCGGGCAGAUCCAGCUGUGGCAAUUCCUCCUCGAGCUACUCUCCGACAGUGCCAACGCCAGCUGUAUCACCUGGGAGGGGACCAACGGGGAAUUCAAAAUGACGGACCCCGAUGAGGUGGCCAGGCGCUGGGGGGAGCGGAAAAGCAAGCCCAACAUGAAUUAUGACAAGCUGAGCCGGGCCCUCAGAUACUACUAUGAUAAAAACAUUAUGACCAAAGUGCAUGGCAAAAGGUAUGCCUACAAAUUUGACUUCCACGGCAUCGCCCAGGCUCUGCAGCCGCAUCCGACCGAGUCGUCCAUGUACAAGUACCCUUCUGAUAUCUCCUAUAUGCCUUCCUACCACGCCCAUCAACAGAAGGUGAACUUUGUCCCUCCCCACCCGUCCUCCAUGCCUGUCACUUCCUCCAGCUUCUUUGGAGCAGCGUCCCAAUACUGGACCUCCCCCACGGGUGGCAUUUACCCCAACCCCAAUGUCCCCCGCCAUCCUAACACCCACGUGCCCUCACACUUAGGCAGCUACUACUAGAAGCUUAAUCAUCGGUGGCCUUCUACCCGAAGCCCCCAUUCCUCACACCUCCUGCGAUACUUUGGACUCCAAAGGACGUACGUGGCCUUGAAGAGAAAACAAAACUGGAUGUUCUUUCUUGUUGGAUAGAACCUUUGUUCUUUAAAAAGACAAUCCUUUUUUUUUUUUUUUUUAAAUGUUGGUAACUUUUGCUUCCUCUACCUUGAACACAAAGAUGGAUCAUUUUCUGGGCCAGUACACCAGUUUGGAUUCUCAAUCUCCUACCAUCUUCUGAGUUUAAUAUUUAGAUUACUGGAAUGGUUGUAUCAUGGUUCUAGGAAAGAAACUGUACCUUCUCUUUGUAUUUUUAUGACCAAAGCAGUUUCUUAUCAAUACACGGGUCUCAUCAUGGACCUUGUAGGGUUCAGUAUGAUAAAGAAUCAUGGACUUAACCAGUUACGCUCUGGUUUGAGACUAAGUGAAACUAGAGGCAGGAAGCUUAUAAUCGUAUUUUAGCAGGACCUAAUUCAGUGGAUGGCAACUGGAACAUUGGUUGUGAAGGCCAGUGAAGUUUUCACCCAACUGGAAUUUAAAAGAAAGAACAUGUGUGUCGUAUUUAAGAAGCCAUGGGCAUUGCAAAAUUUCUCCCAGUGGUCGACAUGCACUAGGCCGACCAUCCUCUCUAGAAAUACUCAAGAUAUGAUCUAAGAAAUGUUAAUGCAAAUGCAGACAUUCCUGAAAGACAGAGAAUUAAAUAGUUUUUUAAAGUAAUGACAGUGGGUCCCAGAACUUUGAAAAGUCUUAGGGAUUUCUAGACACAAACAGAUUCGCAAGCGCUGUGCGUUUGUCAGACCACCAGUCCAGGGUCAACCAAUCAGAAGGCAACUUACUGUAUAAAUUAUGCAGAGUUAUUUUCCUAUAUCUCACAGUAUUAAAAAUAAAUAAUUAAAAAAGUAAAAAGAAUAAAUAAACGAGUUGACCUCGGUCACAAAUACAAUUUUACUAUCAAAUCGGUCGUUGUUAUUUUUUUAAAUGUAAUUUGUACAUCUUUUGUCAAUCUGUACAUUUGGGCUGUUUGUACGUUUUUAUAGCUGGUUUGAAAAAAGCAUAAUGUGACUAUUGCUAAAAAGCAACCAGGACGUUUAAGUCACUGACUUUACUAGGAAGAGAAGCACUGUGCUGUCUUUAACACGUGCGCACAAGCAGGUUAAAGCAAUCCAUUUAAAUCUUUAAUGCUUUGGCGAUGUUUGUAAAUAGCCAUAAUGCAAUAAUCACAACUUCGAAAACAACAAACAAACUUUCCCUUGUGGAUACAAGGGAUGUUCCUGCCUUAUAUAUGCAAUAUAUUUUUUAGAUAUUAAAAUAUAUAUAAUUUUGCAAGUAAUCAUUGACUUUUUUAAGACUAUAUUAAGUGUUAAGCUGACAACUGUCAAUGAAGACUAUGUUGUAAAAUAAUUUGACUAAAUAAAUUGUGCCUUCUCUCAGAA